AUGGAGAGCCGGUUCUUGGCGGCGCGGCCAAUGGCGAGCGGCGUGGGCGGGUCCGGCGCGGCGCGGCGGCCAAUGGCGGGCGGGGGCGGUGCGGUGCGGGCCAUGGCGGCGCGGGGCCCCGAGGCGGCGGCGCUGCGGGCUCUGUACCUGUCGCGGGUCGCGGCCCGGCCCGGGCCCUGCACCGACCCCGCCAUCGCCGCCCGGGCGCGGCGGCUGCUCCGGGGCCCGGCGGGGCUGCCGGGGCACGGCGGGGCCCUGGACGUGCGCGCCGUGGCCGAGCGGUGCCGGCGGGCGCGGGGCGAUCGCGCCUUGCGAGACCUGGUGAAGGCGCUGGAGCUGCUGGAGCUGCUCUGCCUCAACCUCCUGCUGUGCCCCUGGCGCAGGGAGAUCCGCUCGCUCAAGACAUUCACUGGUAACUUUGUCUACUACAUCCAGUCAGUGCUCCCAGAUGACACUGUCAAAGCACUCCUGGAGAAAAUAGGGUACGUUGCAACAACAGCAACAGAGUUUUCACUUGUCAGAAAGAGAAACAAUGAGGAAACAAAGCAGACUGCGUUUGAAAUAUUCCUGGCAAGGAUCGAGUGUGAAACCAUCCUGGAAAUGACAAGUGAAGGAAAAGGUGGCAAUUUGGAGGAGCCCCUCCAGGAGAGAACACAAACACAGCGGCAGCAGGGAGAGCAGGACAGGGAUCAGCCACCCCAGAGAGGAGACGCUGGAAACCUGGAAGAGGAAGAAAGCAGUGAGGCAUCUUUGUGCCUCGCUCCCCAGCAGAACUGCUCAGCUCCCUGCCCUCUGUCCUUUGAGGCUGCUGGGAAUGUGGAGAUCAAGGACAGGCUGGCUGAGGCAGCAGCUGCUCCAUCCACCACCAGCCCCCCGGCACUCCCCAGGCAAGGCAUCAACACCACGCGGCUGCCGGGGCAGUGCUCGGACAGCGAGGACUUCCUGGUCAAAUACAGUGACAUUGUCAUUGGACAAACACCUAUUUUCAGUGAGAGUCGUUCUCCAAAGGCCUUUGAGACAGAGCCAAGAGCCGGUGUGAGUGAGGAAUGUGCCCUGGCAGUGGCUGUGGAGACACCUGGGGCUGAGCUGGGGCCUGUGCCGCUGUCACCAGCAGCCAGCGGCCCCCCAGCCUUUGCCAUGUUUGCUGACUGCCCCUGUGACAGCUCAGCCCCCGUGCAGUUCAGAGCUCCACAGCUGCCCCCAGGAUCCAUUGAAGCAGAGAUCAAGGAUGCCAUGAACUGCACAGACCCAGACCCUGCCGAGGGACCCGGUGAGCUGAAGUCUCUGCCCUACACGGACUUUGCCUCUGCCCAGACUGUCCCCAGGGAGGAGGAGGUUUGUGAUCUGUCUUUAACUUUCACAAAACUGCAGAUCAAGGACACUCAGGAAGAUCUGAUGUAUCCAGUGGAGGAAACUGGCCAAGCUGCAGCAGUAGCAUGUGCAAGGGCAAGUGACAGGCACGUAAGAGAAUGUAAUCACUCCAAACUCAAACACACAUACCUGGCUGAUGCUGAGCUGCAGAACAGGGCAGCUGCACAUGCUGAGCCAUCCUCAGACCUGUGCUGUGCUGCUGGGAACAAGGAGCAUUCCACCUCUGGUUCUGAUGGCAAGAGACUGUUCAUGGAUACUGGUAAGACACACACGGCCUCUGAGGGCUUCAGGCACAUCAGGGAGCCCCCCAACCUCACCUACAUCCCACCACAGAGCAUCGAUGUUCGCCCUUCCCACCCAAGAAGGACCAGCACACGGGACAGAAGGACCCUCCUGCAGCCUGAACAUGACCCUCCCGAAUCCAGUGAAGUAACUCUGGAGAACUGGAAUUCAGAACUCAGUGAAAACCAGGAGCCUUAUGUCAUUAUUGACAGGACCGACCAAGGAUUGUUAUGCCAUCACACUUGACUCUACCAGUGCUUUAUUUCUAAUCUGCCUGGGGUUUUUGCCUCUCACUUGUGGCCUUGAUCAUCUUUUCAAGGAGAUGAUUAGUUUUGUCAAAACAGUUUUAAAAAAAAACCAAAACCACAUCCCUGCUUUUGGACAGUAAAAAGCAGGAGUAGUUACACAAAGUCUUAGUGGCCCCUGUGGCAAGGAAACCUGAGUGGUCACCUUUCUAAAGGGUAAACUUCCAUACAUUUCAAUCCAUUUCAUUCAUUAGCCAGAUUCCUUCUGGCUGUUUCUGAUGCCAGACAGGUUUCUUCAGUUAAGCAUACUGCUUUUUUUUCCCCCUUCACAGACCUGUUCCUGGAGUAUUCUUCCAGUACGAGGUAAAUCUUCUAAAGUGGAAGGGCCAGCUUUCUAGCUUCACAAAUGCUGUACUGCAGUGUACUUAUGUUUGUUAGCUCACUGCAUUCCUUGGAAGCUGCUCUGAGCUGAUCUUCCCCCUGCCUGCAGCUGAGAACAAGGUUAGAAAGUUUGACCACAUUCCUCAAGAUUUGAAGAGGGAAACAGCCCUGUGAACACUCGUGGGUUUGGAGAGGCAAUAACCUGUAUUCCAGGUUUUAUAACCAGAAUAUUUUGUGGCUAUCACCAGUUUUCAAGAGAAGCUUUGAGCGUCGUAACUGUUCACUGCCACCAGGAGAGAGAUCCAGCUACUGAUGCCAUUUCCCUUGUCCCUGCUCCUGCCACUUCAUUCCAUACCAGGAUUCAUGGAAUUUUUCUGUAAACCAGUUCAGUUCACUAAAAUUAAGGAGAAAAAUGCCAUUCUUUGCCCUUUUAGUGUCAAGGAAGAAAUGUCAGCAGAGAAGGGUCGCAGUGACACCAGAGCCAGGAUCAGGGAUCUUCUGGAAGUGGCAGUGCUGUGUGCUGAGAAGGAAUGGGAGCAGGAAUGUGGGAUCAGCUGGAAGCUGACUCCCAGCAGGGAGAGCCUCUGGCAUACACAACAUUUAGUUAAUUUAGAAAAGCCCCUAGCCACUGGUACUGUACUUAAGCACAGUCUUCAGUGCUUCUUUAUACACUUGUUACCCAGAAGGACACUUUAAUACUGCAUCAAGCAGCUUCUCCAGUAGCACUUCAAUGUGUGCUGGUUUUGGCUGGGGUGGAGUUAAUUUUCUUCACAGUGGCUAAUAUGGGGCUGUGCUUUGGAUGCUAAAAGUGCUUUGUUGUUUCAUGUGUAGUUAAAAUACUAGCCGAAAUUAAUUUUGUAUGAAUAGUUUAUAAUUGACGUUCAGCCCUCAAAAAAUUCAAAGAGGAGCACAUGGAAAAAGCUCAGGAGCUAAAUGUAAAGAUCUGCUUUAUGAACAACUAAUUGAUGAAGCUCUGCCAUCUCUGGUUCCAGCAGUGUGGGGGGAUCAGAACUCUGCCCAAGCUCACACCAAGGGCUGCCUCCAGCUUUGGGUGAGGUUGUGAGGAACAGUUAUUAUGGACAAAAACUGUUCACAGGGCUCUUUCCUGACAAAUCACAGUGACAUCCUCUGGGCUGUGAGAUUUCUCUGUACUAAACCAUUAAGUGAGAUUUUCUGGACUGUGCAAAACAUGCAUCCUGGGCUUCUGCAACCCUUAAUGAAGUCAGAAUUUAGAACGAACUGCAGAUGACUGAACUUCAAAGGUAUAGAAGCGUUUCCAAAGAAACAGUUCUUUUGAACUCUUUUAUAGAAGAAAAAGGUUUGAAAGUUUAACAGAAGGUUUUAAGAAUAAUCACUGUCCCCCUACAAAUAAGCUUCAAUAAGAAAAAUAAUUAAUUAGGACACAAAAUCAUAUUUUUAAGCUAGAAUUCUAAAAACUUACAACACACCCAUAGCAUGGCAUUACUGGGAUCACAAGCCUUAGUAUUAACUCAGUACUAAUCCAGGAAAUGCUCAGUGCACUCAUUAUUAAUAAGUUGUAGUGAUUUGGAAAAAAAAAUAGCCCAUCAAAUGGGACUAACGAGACAUGAACUGCAUUUCCUGACUUGAUGCAGUCCCUUCAAUGCAAGGGUUUUAGUCCUACCACAAAACUGCAAAGGAGAGGCAGUGAUCUCCACAAGCAAUGCCAUCAGAUGGUGCUGAAAGGCCAAAUCACUGAAUAUUUAUGUCCUCCAAGUGCCAGACCCAUGUCUGCAAUAUGUGAUCAAAGUGCUCACUGAUGCCUUGCUUGCUCCACCUAAACCAACCAAAACUAUUAGGGAAAAUAAAUUAUAUGUAUCUUGUACUUCAGGGAUCAUUCCCCUAAAAUUACACAGAAAAGGUAAGGUGAAAACAGUCCAAAGUGCUGCAUUGAAAGGAUUACCCUGAAGAGAACAUUCAGAGGGUAAAGCACAAGAGAAGGGCAGCUCAACACUUGAGCUGAAGAGUUCUGAAUGAAACCCCCACUGGUUCACUGUCCAAGUACCUGCAGGUCAUAAUAAACUGAUCAUGAUCUAAACCCAAAGAA